AUGAAGAAAAGGAACAAGGUGAAAGGAUUUGAAUCCCGUCUGGCUGAGGCCGUGUUGUUGUUGAAGAAGAACCGCUUAUUAUUAUUCUCUGUAGGUGUAGCUAUAAUAUUAUAAAGCAGUUUUAGGGUCCGCUAUUUUCUGGUCGCUCGAGUUUGGCUAAAGCAAUUGCCAAAUGUUCUGAGCCUUCAUUAAAUCCUGUUUUUGUUUCCUUUGAUGACCAAAUAGAUUCGAAAGUAAGUCUACUUUAUUUAAUUGAAGAUAUUAAAUUUUAGACUCUGUUCGGCUCCUACCAAUCGUCAGGAAUUCCCGGCGAUUUUUCCUGGGAAGCAUCAAGCUUUAUGGAUGCUUUGGCUUCAGAAUCAACCCUUAUAGUUAUAAAAUCAUGGGAGACGGCUAAUGCGGAUACUCAAAAUGCAGUGAUUCAGUUGGCGACCGAUGGAGUCGUCAUCUUACCGGGAAACAGACGUGUUGAAAUAAAUCCGACGUCGAGAAUGAUUGGCAUCACUUCGGACUACGGUGUGAACCGAAACAUCCCAUUUCCGUUAACUCUGAACUUUCAUCCUUUGAGUAAGAGCGAGAUGCUCUCCCGGUUGUCCUCAUGCCGGGUAUCUGGGGUGAAACUGGAUGAACUGUAUGAGCUGUUUAUUAAAAUUAGGCGUCACAUAGAGACACUGCCACAUUCAGAGAGGAGAUUAAUGACGCGGUAUGUUAUAUUGGUGAAUCCACAAUAUUUUUAGGGAUUUUUUUGUUUUGUGCAACCGACUAGAUGGUGAAUCGGCUUCUGUAACCGAUAUUUUUUUGGACUUAGUCGAUGUCUUUGUCAGUCAUUUGUCGAAGCGGUCUUAUCAAGAAGCACCGUUGCAAGAAAUCGCAUCAUUCUUGUCGAUUGCGAGUAACAGCGUGGAAUUCAUUGAAAAAGAACGUGAUGUUACAAUAUCAGUUACAAAGGACUUGCUCACCGUGGGAAGGAAGAGUCUUAAAGUUGAGAGACGAUGUUUGACGUAAACAUAUCUCAAGAUAACCCUAGUUGUUUUAGAGCUUCUUCUCUUCUUCCCUUUGCGCCUACUCGCUCAUAUCGUGUUCUGAUGGAGAAGAUUGCUGCAUGUGUUGCCAAUAAAGAAAGUGUUUUACUGAAUGGGGAGACGGGUAUCGGAAAAACAAGACUAGUUCAGGAGCUCGCUCAUCGCCUAAAUAUUCCGUUGGAUACUAUUAAUUUGAGUCUGGAUUCUGAAGCUGCGGAUAUUGUUGGGGGAUUCAAGCCGGUCAACAUAGGGGUUCUGGUGAAGCAACUUCUUGGAUCCCUUUUCUUAUUUUUUGGUGGAAACCCUAAACUGAAGGAAAUGUUAAUGGUUUGUAAACUAAUGAAUUUUGCGACGCUUGAUUUUAGCACUUACUGGUAACCAAGAAGUACUGCACACUUCUGAACUCCGUGUCAAGGAUUGUUCAAAUUUCCAUGCAAAAUUCAACAGGCGACAGCUUUGUCAUCCUGUCUAGACUGCUAACCAAGGUGGAACAACUUCUUAACUUUGCUUCAAAUGGAACUUGCAACACACCAUUCACAUUUGUUGUCGGAAUUCUUAUCAAGGCUAUGAACGAAGGACACUGGCUAUUACUGGAUGAAAUUAAUAUGGGGACUUCAGAAUGUUUGAAUGGCUUGUCAUCAAUUAUUUCGGAACAACUUCCAUCGGCUCAUCCCAACUUUAGAUUGUUUGCUUGUAUGAAUCCAGCCACAGAUUCAGGGAAAAAGAUGUUAUCACAAAAUGUCAGAGCACUGUUCACUGAAUUCUUCGUUCAUCCUCCCAGAGAUUUUUCUGAGAUCAGUGAGAUUAUUAGGCAGUAUAUCGUAACCAGUAAGACGUCUGACUUGGCCAAUUUCUACUUGAAUAUGAGUUCAUCUAAUCCCCGGCGGUUCAGGUAAGUGGGCGGGCGAAAGAUACCAUGGAUAUACUUUUUGGAUACACUCUUUUCUUUUAGCUUACGGAACCUUUGCCGAUCACUUCUUCUUAUCAAGGACGAUGUAUUCAGAAAUGUGGAAAAGAGUACAAGAAUGGCUUUGACGUUGGGAUUUAAUGAUGGGAAUGCAACAAACCUAAGUUUAAUUCAAGUGCCGUUUAAACCCCUGUCUGACGAAUUGCGGAACAAAUUCAUGUAAGGCUUGUUUUUUAAAUUUAUUUAUUUGUUUUAGCCUGGUUGAGGGUGUCUUUUUUCCAAGAGGGCCUAAUAAUAUUCAAGAAGAUCCCGAUUACAUUCGAACUGCCUCAGUUCAAACGAAUGUCCAAGCUAUUGCCGCGGCUGCUGCAUCGGGCCGUUUCCCGGUAUUACUUGAAGGAGAAACAUCAACAGGGAAAACCACAGUUAUCACACAUUUAGCUAAAGUGGCAGGAUAUACCGUUUACAGGAUCAAUAAUCAUGAACAGACCGACAUCCAAGAAUACGUUGGAAGUUAUGUACCCAAUAAGGAUAACAAACUGGAGUUUCAAGAAGGAGUGUUGUUGAAAGCUGUUCGGAAUGGUGAUUGGGUAAUUCUGGAUGAGUUAAAUUUGGCCCCCACUGAAGUGCUGGAAGCGCUGAAUAGGGUAAGGGUGUUGUUGUGAUAGAUGUUAUUUGUUUUUUUUUGCAGUUAUUGGACGACAAUCGAGAAUUGGUGGUCCCCGAAAGGGACAUUUGUGUCAAAGCUCAUCCAAAUUUCCGGUUAUUUGCGACGCAGAAUCCAGCAGGUUUAUAUGGGGGUAGGAAGAAGUUGUCCCGUGCAUUUCUAAAUCGGUUCGUUGUGAUCAAGUUCGAUCAACCUCCAAAAGAAGAACUUGUUAAAAUCGUCAGCAUACGCUGUGAAGUUUCUGAGUCAGCCGCCAAGCUGAUGAUCCAGGUGAUGUUGGAGAUGAAGGUUAGGAGAUCCAACACUCGGCUUUUUAAUAGCACUGGCCUAAUGACCCUGCGGUGAGUUGUAUUUCCGUUCUGUUAUUCGUUUAGGGACUUAUUUCGAUGGGGAAAUAGAGUUCGCCUUUCGGAAGACGGAACGGAUUGGAGGCAGGAGUUGUGCAAUCAAGGGUUCUUCUUGUUGGCGUCGAAAAACAGAACGGAGGAGGAUUCAUUCAGAGUGAAGAGUAUUCUGGAGGGAGUUUUGAAACGAACCAUUGAUGUGGAUAAGUUGUAUUCGGUCGAGUCUCCUUAUUUUCCCCAGAAUUUACGGGAGAAUUGCUCUCUUAGAGAUGGAUUUAUGGUUCUGAAUGGUUCCAUGGUCCUCACUUCGUCCCUGAUCAGAAUGAUUGUUCUGUUCAACGAAGCGGCCAAAGUCAACGAACCGAUUCUUCUUGUGGGAGAAACUGGGUGCGGAAAAACUGCGGUGACAUAUCUAAUGAGUUCUGUGAGUGAUUCAAUAUUAUUUUAUGCAUUUUUGUUGUCUAAUAAAAUGUUAAUUUUAAAUCUUUUUUCAGGGGUCAUUGGAGUUUAUUAAUUGUCAUGAAAGAACCGAUGUUUCCGAUCUUCUUGGAAGCAUUCGGCCGGCUUCAGAUGGACUAUUCCAUUGGCAAGAUGGUGUUGUCAUAAGGGCCAUGAAGAAUGGAAGCGUUCUUUUGAUCGACGAGAUUUCCUUGGCGAAUGAUUCUGUUCUUGAAAGAUUGAAUUCGAUGCUUGAGCCAUCCAGGAUGAUUCUGCUGGCGGAUUCUGGAGCUUCUUCAGAACUUGUAACCGCGGUUGAUGGAUUUAAAUGUGUUGCAACGAUGAAUCCCGGAGGAGAUUACGGGAAAAAGGAGGUGGGUUGCAGUUUCAUUGUUGCUUUAAUUGAAACAAAUUUUUUCUAACAAGGGAAUGGUCUGAACUUCUCCCAGCGUUUGGGAAAAUGGCUAGUACAGGGUGGGCCACUCGAAACUAACAAGUUGUUUCUUUGAAUUUCUCCGCGGAGACUCCGCCGAUUUUCCUAACAAGGAAAGUACUUCUAUGAGGUAUGGAGUUACAGGUCGAGUCAUAUAUCAAAAAAUUUGCAAAAUUUUUCUGAUUCAGAAUAUGUAAAAAUUAGCUGCCUAAUUUUGGUUUGUAUGGGUGAAAAAAUCCUCUGAACUUUUCUCGCAACAACACGCAAAUGCCUUUUUGACCAAGUUUUUACCAAAUCAAAUGCUUGUUUUUGAGCUAAGGCAAACUCUGGUAUCUUGACAAGCCUUAAAAUAUCAAAUUUAAUUUGUACUACACCUUAAUUAGUAGUUGCAAUGUAAAAAAGGCGCAUUUCCAUGGUAUUGCGAGAAAAGUUCAGAGGAUUUUUUCACCCUUACAAACCAAAAUUAGGCAGCUAUUUUUUACAUAUUCUGAAUCAGAAAAAUUUUGCGAUUUUUUUGAUAUAUUCUCGACCUGUAACUCCAUACUACAUAGAAGUACUUUCCUCGUAAAACUUUUAUUUUUCUGGAGCUGAGACCGGCCAUUUUUAACUGAUUGAAUUUCAAAAAAUAUUUUUGAAUUGACCUUUCUAUGUCUUCCAAAAGUUUUGAAAAAUAAUUUUCGGAGCGAAACCGCUAAACUUGAAAAUUUUUUGAAUGAUUUUCAAUUGGCUUUCUCGGACUUGAAAGCCACAAGAGGAUUGCUUGUAUUACCAUUAGGGCACAAAUUUUCAAAAAAAAAUACUGAAAAAUUCGACGAUAACGGCUUGGUUCGAUUCCGGGGCAGCGCGAAGGACCGUAAUAAGACUUUGAUAUGGUCGAUUUUUCUCUUCGGCUGGGUUUAUUCCGCAGCUGGAAAAUGACUCUUUCUACCAAUGUUGGCCUACUCUAUCCACCCGUUAUAGUCAUUUUCCCAAACGCUGGGAGAAGUUCAGACCAUUCCCUUGUAAUGAGCGUCUUAGCUACACGAAAAUUUAAACCGCUUCAAAAUGUACGAAAUUUUUAAAUCGGUGCCUUUUCCCACAAAAGAGCGAAGAAAUAAGUGGAAUACUUUUCGCCAUUUAAGGAAAUUUUUGGCCAAAGGGCCAUACUUGCGGUGGUGUUGGGCUGAUAUACUGCUGGAAUGGGAUCUUCAGGAUUUUUAGAACAUGUAUGAUAAUUUCUCUUCUUUUUUUUAAAAACAUUUUUAAUUUGCGGACAUUGAAAAAGGACAUUGGAAAUGGCUUUUGAUUUGUGGCCUAUAAAAUCAAUUCAGUUUAAAAUUUUGUAAAGCUCGUUGUACCAUAUUUAUGGUACAAGUUACGGUGUAACAAGAUAUGAUGAGUAUUCAAAUUCAAAAAAAAAAAAAAAUGCUAAUGGAAGUUUGUUGUUGUGGUUACGGAGCACCGAUUUGAAGGUAUCGUAGAAUUUGAAGCGGUUUGAAUGGCGUCGCGACACUUGCGGGCAACCACUUUGCGGGCAAAAUUUGGGGGGUCACAUUUGCGGGCAACCGGCACCUGAGGGUAACAGGGUGGAGAUGGAAAUAUUACUGCGAUAUUUUGGAAAUUUGCCGACAUUUGCGGGCAGCCGACACUUGCGAGCAGCCGACAUUUGCGGGCAACAGAAAAAAACAAUCACACAGAUUGUAUUGGAACUGUUGCCCGCAAAUGUCGGCCUCCCGCAAGUAUUUCCUGCCCGCAAAUGUCGGAAAACUUCCAAAAUAUCGCAGUAGUUUUUCCACCUUCACCUUGUUAUCCUCAAGUGCCGGUUGCCUGCAAAUGUCGGCUGCCAGCAAAUGUCGGCAAAUUUCCAAAAUAUCAUAGUAAUUUUUCCACCUCCACCCUGUUACCCUCACAAUCAGGUGUCGGUUGCCCGCAAAUGUCGGCUGCCCGCAAAUGUCCCAGACUGCCCGCAAAGUGGUUGCCCGCAAGUGUGCGCCCGCCGUUUGAAUUUUUGUGUAGCCAGCAGCAGCGCUCGAUUCUUAGAGAAAACAUGUUGAAUUUUUUUAGCUUUCGAAAGCCUUGCGCAAUCGUUUUACUGAAAUCUGGUGCUCUUUUGACGCUGACGAAAAGGAUGUUCUGGCAAUAAUUAAAGCUAGGUUCGACCAAUCUGGCUCACUUCCAGAAGAAGUCGCCAAACUUUGUGGAAAGUUUUUAUCGAAAUAUCUUGUGGAAUUUUACAGUAAAUUUGGAAAAUAUCUCAGGUAGGUUUGUCGUGUCAUGGAUGACAGUUUUAGGCAUAAAUUAUGUGUCCGGGACGUAGUGGUAGUUGCUGAAAUGCUCUCAAAUUUUGUAAAAACUGCAGCGAUAGAGCCUGCUGAAGCGUUGUAUCAUACAAUAUCAAGUCACGUUUUGGAUUCAUUGCCUAUUAUUUGUAAUGGAUAUCACAUUCGGAUGGUCGACGAAUUGACUCACUUAGGGAAAGAACUCUUUUUAUCAAUUUAUGAGGGCAUGACAGCCACUCGGCUUGAAAUCUCAACUUUGGAAACGAUGAGCAUCUUGGAAGAUUCGGGGAAUUUCAAAGUUGGACCUUUCUCCGUUCCCAAAGGGCCUUUUCCACCGAGUUCUUUGAAUGAGUUCAAUAUCAACGCUAAGUCGACGGCAUUGAACGCCUUACGUGUAGCCAGAGGCUUCGCCGCCGGUAAGCCCAUUAUGUUGGAAGGGAUGCCGGGAAGUGGAAAGUCUAGUUUGAUUGGAGCCUUGGCACAAGUCAGUGGAAACCACCUCAUAAGAUUGAAUCUGUCAGAUCAAACAGUAAGUAAAUAUUUAUUUCACUUGCACCGAUUAGAGAGAGUUCUUUUCAUUAAUUUUGUGACGCCCUUGCAGGAAGUGACAGAUCUUUUCGGCUCCGACGUCCCAAUCACACUGCCAGAUGGAACGGUGUCAUUCACCUGGAAGGAUGGUCCAAUAUUAAAAGCGUUAAAAGAAGGAAGCUGGGUUCUGCUGGAUGAAAUGAAUCUCGCACCUCAGGCCAUUUUGGAAGCCUUGAAUUCCUGUUUUGAUUUCCGAAAGACCUUAUACAUCUCGGAACUCGGCCGUUCAUUUGUUGUCGAUUCCGAAAAGCCGGCUCUAUUUUUUGCUUGUCAGAAUCCUGAACGAAUGGGAGGGAAUCGGCAUUCACUUCCAAAGUCAUUCCUGAACAGAUUUGUUACCAUCUUCACCAAGGAUAUGGAUGACGAAGAUUUUAAGUCCAUCGUUAAUUUUGUUGUUAAAAAAGCCGGCUUAAAACAGGAUGCUGAGGUUUUCAUUAGGAUCCACAGUUUUUGCAACGAAAGGAUUAGUGUACGGAAAGGAAGCGGAGUGCCUGGAGCACCUCUGGAAUACAAUUUGCGAGAUCUAAUGAGGUUUAUUGAUUGUUCCAAAAAGGUGGGCGGUUGUGAUCAUAUUUGUUAAUUUUCAGUGUGAUAUUUUGAGUUCUUUGGACUUGGUCUAUUUGGCCAGAUUGUGGAACGUGCGUGAUAGAAUCAAUGUGAGUUACAAAGGAUGUUAUUGAACGUUUAUUUUUCUGUUUUAGUAUCGCAAUGAAAUUUCCCAGAGUGUGUUGAAUCUGAAGACCACGCCUUGUCCCGUUGUGUUAGCUUUGAAGGAUGAGAAUUUAAAGAUAUUGGAAUGGGAUUUUAAGGCAGAUUUCUCCACGGACUUUAAGCCUUUGUCUUGCCAAUUGAAGAUACUACAGAACCUGGUCAUUUGUGUGGAAGGUGGUUUAUUGGCACUGUUGGUUGGCCCGGCGUCUUGUGGGAAAGAGAAAUUGGUCACGUUUACAUCACAACUUUUCCGGACUCGCCUUAACGUGAUUAAAUUAAACAGUGAAACGGACGCUCAAGAUCUUUUGGGAUCUUAUGAACAUGUAAGUUGCUCUGUAAAAACGUAAACAAUUUUCAAGAUCGUCGAUGCGGACGCCGUGAAGGAAUGUGUGGAACGUGUAGUUCAUUUGUCGAAUACAAAGAAGCUGCCGGAUCAUGUUAAUUAUUUGAUUGAAGCUUUGAAAACAGUGAAAAGCAACUCCGAAAGUAGAACUCUGAUUAAUUUGUUAGUAAAGGAAACGGAGGGAUCGGGUAAGAAAUACACGACACAACUAAUGCCAAACCCAUUUUUUAUAGAUAUCGGCCAAACGCUGUUGCAGAUUUCUCAUGAGAUCUCCCGUGCUACGCUUUCUUUUGAUUGGAUUGACAGUGAUUUUGUUAGGGCUUACAGUGAAGGGCACUGGGUGUUGAUAAAGGAUGUAAAUUGUUGCAGGUAGGCCCUUGAAUGGGUAUUCAUGAGGUUGUUUAGUGCCGCUGUUCUUGAUCGGUUAAACAAUUGUCUGGAAAGGGAUGGGGAACUGGUAUUGUCGGAAAAGGUGGAUGGAGAAUUCAGGGUAUUGAAACGACAUCCAAACUUCAGGUAUGGCCGGCUAUAAUAAAAACACGGACGGCUGCUUUCAGAGUAUUCUUGACUAUGAGGCCUGAAAACGGAAACAUUUCAAGUGCGAUGAGGAACAGAACGGCCGAGAUUCGUUUCGAUCGACAGGAAUGUUGGGUGUCUUCAUGGGUCGAUACACUUCGAUUAUUGCCUACGAACAUGGGGCAUUUGGUGACCCAAUUGCAGUCUUUAGAAGGAGGAAUAUCUGGACUACACUCGGACAUGGCUGGGUUUAUGAAGACAAUGAAUCUUCCGUUGUCUUCCAGGCUUUCUAUGUUCGGAUUGACUUCAGAAGAUGAUGACUGUCCAAAUUCUCUUAUUACAGAUGCCGUGUCUUCGUUCUACCAUGUUUCUUGGUUUCUGGAGACGUUUGCAUUUGAUCGUAACAUGAUUUGUUUGAUAUCAAGGAUUGUAGGAGGUCUGAGCCUAACCUAUUCCCACGUUUUAUUGUCAUCAGACCCCCAACAAAUUUUUCCUGCGGACUUUUGGGAGGAGUCUUUUUUGAUGGAUCCAAUCUCUGACUUGACGGUAUUUGGUGCCAUGGACGCAUCCAUCGACACUGGUAGAAAACAGUGAGCUUUUGUUUGUGAAUAAAAUAUUUAAUUCAGGUACGUCAUUUCUCAUCUUGUUUCUUUCAUUCUGUCGGAAAACCUGAAGCCGAAUCAUCCGUCAUCUUUGGUUUUGACUUCUGUCGAUCUUGAGCCAAAAACCAUUCCCAGUGUCCUCAUUGAGGUCUAUCGCCCUUUUUUGGAUUAUCUGCAAACUCACACAGAGACUUUGAAUGUGAAGGUAGCGUCGUAUUGGGGAUAAAUUUAUUUGUGUUUUAGUUUUUGUUUUUUGGAUAUGUUUUUAUCAAAUUUAUAAAAUCGGAAUGGAAUCGGGAUAUCGGCGAUGUGAUUGGACUGGAAAUUAUCCAAAUAUUACACCAAUUUAAUCAUUCGGAGAAAGUGUAAGUUUUCUUGAGUAGUAUUUUCUCUGUAUGUGCGGUGUAUGUAAUAUUGUUUUAGCGAGUCGGCGUUUCUGAAGUCGCUGAAUGAUGUUCUGGUCAUGGUUAAGGUUGAUGUUGACAAGCCACCAUGCAAUUCUUUGCCGGACGUAAUGCCAUUUACCACGUCUGCGCAAGUUAAUGCGGCCAAGGCCAGGUUAGACUCAGUUAUGGUCAGAUUGGAUGUACCGGAUAAGAUAAUGGACGUCUUGAAGUUCCAAAUGAAAAUACUUAUCGAAUCAUUGAAAUCUGUCCUAAUAUUGAAUGCAAGUGUAUAAUUUAUAACUAAUGUAAGGCAAUUUAGUUUGAACAUGGGUUCCUGGAUACAUACACUCGGAUGUUGUCCUAUUUCCCAAUCCAAGACAGGCAACUGUUGUUAAAAAUGCAACUGAUCGCACUUCUACGAACCAGAGUGAAUUUGGGUGGGACCAACUUCUUUAUUUCGGACGUUAUUCAGUCGGAUGCACUGAAUCCGCUAAUCAACUUGUUUUGGAAGCGUCUUGGAUUCAGAACUAAUGUUAAUGAACUGAAAGUGCUUGAAUUGGUAAACUUCGACGGCCUUCUUAAGGAGUUGAUUGACGAUGUCUCAAUUUUUACGUGUUUGAUUUAUCAGGUUAAGGCGAAAGUGACGUAAGUGAUAUAGGUAAACGGCGUUGAGAUUUUAUUUGCUUUAGUGAUUUCGUCAACGAAUUUUACCCGGAAGAAGACACUCCAUCUGAAUUGGAGCGGGUGAAGAAGAUGAUGCCAGUGGACUUGAUCGACCCAGUUCUGAAGCAAUAUGCUUCUAAAGAAAUUAACAAUCAACUCAAACAGGUGCUCGAUACUUUGAGUCAAAUACUCAGAACCUACGGAAGAAAUGUGUUUGGAUCAACAGAGGACUUUGAAAUGUGCUUUACCAGCCUCUCAGAAAGGAGCAGUAGAUUGAGUUGUGAUCUUCACUGUUUAGCUCAGGAGAAUAAGAAGGCUCUCGUCGAGUUGGAGAAGUUGGGAGAACGGGUUAGGCCUCCAAACACUAAAGUAAUUAUGUUUGUAAUACGGAGUGGGGCAUCUUUGUGGCCCGAUUUGAAUUGGUUAUAACCUUUUAAAUUUUUGGCCGAGUCUUAAAAUUCUUUUUUUUUCCUGAAUCCUCAGACGUCCCCAUUUUGUUUAAUACCAAAUUUGUAACAUAUACGUAGGCUUAGUUCAUAGUUGUUGGUCUUAGCGUUGCACUUGGGGUCCUUCCCUUGUCAAUUACGGAAAUCAGAGCUUUUUGUUUGUAGUUAAUGUUUGAUCUACGAAGGGAGACUGAAUAUGAACUGACUGAAUAUGAAGGACCGAAUAUGAAGGACUGAAUAUGAACUGACUGAAUAUGAACCGGGGUGCUGACUGAAUAUGAAGGACCGAAUAUGAACUGACUGAAUAUGAAAACCGGGUUUCUGUUACUGUUACUACCUAGGUUCCGAUUAAGGACUCUUUUUAAAAUUUUUUCGACUUAUGACACCUUUAGACGUUAAUGGUAUUGUUUUGGUGCCUAGUACUGCUUAAAAAAACUUUUUUAACACUUGGUGCUAAGUAGUACUACCUGGUACUAUUUAGUACGGGGUGAAAAUUUGGCUGGUAAUGGCGUUGGUUUGGUGCUUAGUACAGCCCAAAAACACAUUUUUAGCACUUGGUACUAUAUAGUACCAAUUGGUACUAUUUAGUACGAGGUGAAAAUUUGGGCGUAAGGCGGUAAUGGUGUUGGUUUGGUGCUUAGUACAGCCCAAAAACACAUUUAUAGCACUUGGUACUAUAUAGUCCUUGAAAUAGACCAAAUUUGCCAAAUUUCAUAUUCAGUCAGCACCACAGUUCAUAUUCAGUCAGUUCGUAUUCAGUCAGUUCAUAUUCAGUCCUUUUCAUAUUCAGUCCUUCAUAUUUAGUCCUUCAUAUUCAGUCAGUUCAUAUUCAGUCAGGCACCCUUUGAUCUACGCUGAUAAAUGGGUAUGGCUUAUUUGAUAUUAAACAAAAUGGGGACGUCUGAGGAUUCAGGGAAAAGAAGAAUUUUAAGAUUUGGCCAAAAACUAAAAAAGUUAUAGCCAAUUUAAAUCAGGCCACAAAGAUGCCCCACCCUGUAGUUUGUACAGUGAGGGACCUGAUCCAACGGCAAAAAACGUCUAGUUUUGCAUCCCGGAAGGGACCAAAAUGACUCCAAACCCUUCCCUUCUCUAAGCUAAAAAAAUCCGCUUUGAAAAGCGCGCCCUUUCCUUCAAGGCGGGUUCUUCAAAUCAGGGUUUUUUAGCUUAGAGAAGGGAAGGGUUUGGAGACAUUUUGGUCCCUUGCGGGAUGCAAAAUGAGUCGUUUUUUGCCAUUGGAUCCCGUCCCUCACUGUAGUGACUGUUUCGUUUCAGUUUUUCCAGUUAUGCCGGUUAAUUGAGAUGUUUAUGGGCCAAAUGGAGAAGUUCUUCGAAUUAGGUGAAGACAAGAUUAAACUUGCUGUUUUCCACAAUGCAGUGAACAGACACGUUGAUCAGCUGACAUCUUCAUUCUGGGAAUAUCCAGAUAUCAUUACCCCAUACGUCUCCGCAAUCUUCGAACUUGAACUUUCUCUUCUUCUGAAGUAUUCCAGCGUUGAUGAUUCAACAAUGACCAGCCUAUUGGAUGGAUUUGAUUGGAUCGAAUCGACGAAUGUGAAUGCUCGAAUCGAGUGGUUGUCCCGGGAAAUAAGUUCUUUCCCCUUAAGACUUCAAACACAAAUGAUCCGAGAAGCACUCUUCAUCGAGAGAAUACGACCUGGAUCGACGAUAUUUAUGGCAUUGGAUUGGUUAAAAGUUCAAUGGCAAAGAUGGUAUCAAAGUGUUCAGAAGAAAAAGGCUGCUCUGUUUGAAUAUAAGACUACUCAAAUGAAGAAACGAGAAACGGAGGGCAAGCUUGGGGAAGAUGGCACUCAAUAUGUCGACGAGGAAAUGAUAGAGGUAUUGCAAAGUUGAGUUAAUUUUUUUUUUAGAUUGAACAAAUGUUGCCAGAUUUUUCUGCGAAGGCAGAAGUAAAGUUUACUGAACAGAUGAAUGAAUUGAAUGUUUUGUCCGAGGAUGAAAUGCUUGGUCUUAUUAAAUCCGUUUUGCAAUUGGAAUACCCUUUGGAUGAGAUUAAUCUGUAUGGCCCCAUGCUAAACAAGUCCGACCGUUCAUUAAUCACAUUGAAGUCUGCCAAUCUUGGUAAUUGUUUUUUAAGUGGUUAUAUUCCUGUUUAGAUGUUCAUUUGGCAGCCUUAUUACAACUCAAAAGUAAUGUUGCGGAGAAAAGAACGGACAUUCUGAAUGUUUACAAAUACAACAGCCCUCCUUUGCUGAUUGACUGUGUCACCAAGCUGCAAAAAUUGAUAGAUAGGGUGAAUACACUGAUUAAAUCAUUCCCCGAAAGCAACAUUUUGAAGAACAUUAUUGUUGCUGUGAAUUCUUUCUUCGACACUUCCUCAUGUCAUCCACAGAUGAUGUACACGUCGUUGCUGGAAGCCGUUUUAGGUGAGCUAAUUAUGUUAUGGUUUAUCAUGUAUGCUUUUUAAAGAAAAGGCCGAGUUUUGGGAGGCAAAUACAUGCCGAGAAUACUCGCUCUCCGAUCUGUUGCUGCCACUGAAGGAAGUUAUCCUGGAUUGGAGGAAGAUGGAGGUCGUAUGUUGGAGUGACAUUAUCCGUCAAGCUCAGACAACAUCUCACAACAAUGCAGUUUUAUCAUCUUGGCCAAUGUUUGAAGCGUUUACGAACUUCGAGGACGUCUCAGAGGAUUACGAAAAGAAACUGUUGGUGAUGCUGAUUCAAUGGUUAAACGACUCUUCUCUCAAUGAUUUUAUAGCCCGAAUUGAAACGGGCGAGAUGGCAGUGGCCUGGAUGGAGAGGGCGGGGAAGAGAAACAAUAUUCUGUCAAAACUUCGAAGUAUAAUCUAUUAUCACAGACAGUUUGUUGAUGCAACAAAAGAAAGGGCCCGACCAGCAUUGGAUGAAGCUGAAGAGAAACUUCAGAACUUGGUUAAGGUCGCAAAAUACACCGACCUGAAUUUGUGGAGCGUUAAGGACAGUUCCCAACGAGUUCACAACCAGAUCUGUCGUUUGAUCCAUGCAUAUAAGGUAGGAGAUUGUCUUUCCCAAAAAACUUUCAGGUCGAAUUGAACAAACCCGCAAAUUCAAUCUUCUUGGAUUCAAUAUUGCCCAUUCCAAAGAGUCUGAGUACUUGGAUAUCAAAUAUGGAGUGGGACUUAUUGAAAGGACGUAGCUCUGGCCCAUUUACUGAUUUUAUCGAGAACCUUCAACGCAUAUUAUCGCGAUCUUAUGCGUGCGAAGAAGGGCACCAGUUGAUCGAUACAGCGAAGGCCUUGUUUGAACAAAUCCAGCAUGAUGUGGACUACUCCGUUGCUAAAAAUACUUGUAACUCCGACGACAAAGAAGAGAUUGAAAAAGUUAAACAGAAAAUGUUCUCCAAAGAAAUGCUGAAACGUCGUCGAACAUUUGCGGAUUUGAGAAAAAAGACGAUUAACUUCGGGUUCAAUUAUCGGAAAGGACUGACAAUUGAAACUGAUCGUCUGACCGAGGUAACAAUGACCUCAUUUGAUCAAACCUCGGAUGAGACUGUGAGUUUUCAAGAUAUUUGGUUAGGAACUGUUUUUUGUUGUUAGCAAAAAGCUCGCUGUCCGCAGACGAGGAUCUUUUUGUAAACUUUCGGAUAUCACUUUGAAACGACUAGUUUCUAUACAUCCUUUUUCUAGUGUAAUAGAAGAGUGCUUGCCAUGUAAGAGUGGUGCUUUAUAUUGGUUGAGCCUGAACUCUACCCCUUUUCUGAACUUCCAUCGUAUAAGACGUCACACCUUAUUUUUCUCAAUUUGAAAAAAAAUUCCAUCGUAUAACGUGUCACACCUCGUUUUUUCAAUUUGAAAAAAAAAUCAUCGUAUAAGAUGUCACACCUUAUUCGUUUCAAUUUUCAAAAUGAGGGGUAGUGUUCAAAAAGGGGGAGGGUUCAUUCAAGGGGUAGAGUUGAAAAAGGGGUAGAGUUCUGCCGCAACGCUUUAUAUUAUUCCAAAAUUGCUUCAUUUUUAGCGUACAUGAAAAUUUUCGUUUUUCUAACCUAGGUAAAAAAAUAUUUUUUUUGGCAUAGCUGGGUUUUUUUCAUGUAUCAGUCUGUCGGGAAAAUAACUGCGGAUCGUCGCGCCUCGGAAUCGCCCAUCAUCGCUUUGCGACGGCGGCCACAGCUGGAGAUUUGGUGCGCGAUUGCGGUGAGGCGAGUCGUUUUGAUGCGACGACCCGCCGUUAUUUUCCCGACAGACUUAUCUGCAAAAAGAAAAAAAUUUCGCCCACAUGAAAUUUUUUCAUGUAGACAGACGACAUUUUGAAGUACGCCACAAAAUUUCGUGUAGGCUAAAACUGAAGUAAGUUUGAAACUUUUUGGAAUAAUAUAAAGCACCACUCUUAUAUACCAAUUGGGUUCAAUCUUGGAUAGCUUUCUCCAACUUACUUUGAAAUUUGUUCUCUGAAGAAAACUAAAUCUAAAUUUUCUAAAAAUCUGCCAGUCAAAUUUUGAAAAGUUUGACUGAUAUUUCAAAGUUUUACGUACGUAUCCUAAAAUGGAGAGGAUCCAACGAAAAAACAAGUCGAUUUUGGCGAAAAACGGUUUUUGAUAAUUUUUCCAUUUUUGUGUGUAGACAAUUUGUGUAUUUCAGCUGCAACAGCAAAAAGUUUCUUCGUAGACACACAGCAUUCCGAGGUUUUUUGCCGCCACCGAUCGGUGCCGAUUUUCGCUCAAAAUGACAACAGGGCUGCGCGCCUCGGCUGAUAACUAGCUAGCCCAAAAACGAAAAAGAGUAAAAAUUGAUUUCCAGAUAGAGGGAAAAAAGACCUAUCCAAUGAUAUAAAUAGGUCCUAUUGACCUUCUCCCCACAACGACCUUUUUCGCCUACAAAAUUACAAAAUUUUUUUGUUUAUUCAUGGAUAAAUGCACUUUAUGAGGGCAUAAUUAAAAAAAAAUGGUACCACUCGAUAGCAAAUAGCCUCUUCUAUGACAUAUCCAAAAAAAAGGGAAAUUCUGGCCCUUAGGGCACUACAAAAUCCAAAAAAUAGCGUAUUUUACGUGUUUUUCCACAUUUUUCGGGAUUUUUUGCACCGGAUGCACAAAAAUGAAAAAUCGGCUGUUACAGCGUUGUAGUGCACACUCGAUUACAUAUAUCUGCCAAAUUUCACAUUUUCAUCUUUACUCCACUUUGUGUUCUGAGCCGGUUUAGGUGUUAAGGCAACAUCGCUGCAUAGGGCAAUGCCGGAUGCCGAUUUAAAAAAAAUUUUUUUCAUUUUUGAGACAUAUUACGCUCAUAUCAAUAUUAGAUACUGAUUUUUGCUCCAGAUGACAAAAUGUCCUUUCAUAAAUUCACGUAAUGACACCAACGUGUUUGAGUUCAACAUGACGGAAAUAAGGGAAUUUUUGUUUCAGGACUAGUAUUUAGGUGACAGGAGACCUGCCAGAACAUGCUCCGACGUUUAUUUGGCUAGAAAAGCUAUGGAAUCCGGAUGCAGCGACGUCCCGUAACACGUUGCACAUAUGCGAUUUUACAUAAAUUUACGUUAUAUACAUGACGUUCAAAGUCAAUACGACUGAGAAGACAGAAAAAUUUUUUAAAAUCGGCAUCCGGCAUUGCCCUAUGCAGCGAUGUUGCCUUAACACCUAAACCGGCUCAGAACACAAAGUGGAGUAAAGAUGAAAAUGUGAAAUUUGGCAGAUAUAUGUAAUCGAGUGUGCACUACAACGCUAUAACAGCCGAUUUUUCAUUUUUGUGCAUCCGGUGCAAAAAAUCCCGAAAAAUGUGCAAAAACACGUAAAAUACGCUAUUUUUUGGAUUUUGUAGUGCCCUAAGGGCCAGAAUUUCCCUUAUUUUUGGAUAUGUCAUAGAAGAGGCUAUUUGCUAUCGAGUGGUACCAUUUUUUUUAAAUUAUGCCCUCAUAAAGUGCAUUUAUCCAUGAAUAAACAAAAAAAUUUUGUAAUUUUGUAGGCGAAAAAGAUCGUUGUGGGGAGAAGGUCAAUAGGACCUAUUUAUAUCAUUGGAUAGGUCUUUUUUCCCUCUAUCUGGAAAUCAAUUUUUACUCUUUUUCGUUUUUGGGCUAGCUAGUUAUCAGCCGAGGCGCGCAGCCCUGUUGUCAUUUUGAGCGAAAAUCGGCACCGAUCGGUGGCGGCAAAAAACCUCGGAAUGCUGUGAGACAGUGAAAAGCGCGUCCAUUUAGUUAUCCCUUUUUAGCUGAACGCCUCGUUUUUGCUGUGCUCAUCUGCUCGAAAUGUAAUAGUGAAACUGUUGGCCGAGUUUAAUCAUCAUCAACAUCAUCAUGUUGCUUCUCAACUUCCUGUGGAGAACUUUAACUUUGUCAAGGGAGUUGUUGAAUUCGGAGAGGAAGGGUUGUUGUCUUUGAAUCGCUCUGUCUGUGAUAUCGAGAAACUUCAAAAGGAACUAACGUUAACUAUACAUUCUCUGGAAAGUUUGGAAAUGGUAUGCAUCUUUUCUAAUUUGUUGAAAAUGUGUUGCAGAUCGAAGGCGGAGGAUUUGAUUACGAAGAAAUAAUGGCAGCUUUCGAUGAACUUUCGGCGAGUUUUGUAAUUUUUAAACGAAAAUUUGCCACAUUCUCUCAACGCCUGACCACAAAGGAUAUUAAUAUCCCCGAUCACUUUACUCAGUUUGUUCCGAGGUUUUUGAAAAAUGGGGAGGAUUACGACAAACUUCAAGAGGUGAUGCUGGAAGUCUCCUCCAUUUUAAAUGAGAUCAGAUUCGACAAAGAGUCGCUGCAACGUUUCCAUGUGAGGUGAGAUGCCCUUCAACGGGAAUAUGAUUUUGUGAAAUUAUUUUAACAAAUAUGUCGUUCUUUUAGCCAUCUGGUCAAACAUUUUACUUUAAUGUACGCUAAAUUUUAUUCUGUGGUUAACCUUCUGAACACUGUCAAAGAAUUAUGCGGAGACUGUGGCCACCAGCUGUUUAAAUCUCUGGUCAAAUUCUGGUCGAGGCUUGAGAAACUAUUGAAAAUUGUGAAGCAAAACCAGCCAGGACCAAUGGAACUAACUUUCGACAUAGGGAAUUUAAUGCUCAAAUCACAAUCAAUUUAUCGUUACUUUGAAAAGGCUAUGGAUAAGCCAUAUUUCACAAAACUUGCGUCGUUCCCUGAAUAUUUGGAAGGCAUUGGAAUCAAAGACGUAAGUGCCGAUUGAACUCCGUAAGCACUCUUUUUUAGCAAAUUGCGGCGAUUUCCAAAAUACGGAAUCAGUUAAACAAUGGAUGUCUGCCGCGUGACAAGACCGGCUUACUCAACCAUCUAAGGGGCUUUUCAGAUGUUGUGAACAGAGUUCUUGAUUACUCUAAAAAAGGAAGCAUCCUUUCUUCCACUUUCUUUUACGAAUUCUGCAUUUCGGCCGAACGGAUUCUAAAGAAAGGGUUCUUAAAUCCUAUUCCUAAUCAAGAAAAGGAUGCUGGAGAAGGUGCAGGUGAGAUUUCUGGAGAACCAUCUGGAAUGGGAGAAGGGACCGGGCAGACAGAUGUCGGCAAAGAUAUCGAGGAAACGGGGCAGGUAGAGGGACUCCAAGAUGACCCGGCAACCGACGAGAACGAUACCUCAGAGCCUAAUAAAGACGAAGCCGAGUCACCACUCGACAUGGACCAGGAAUUUGCUGCUGAUCUGGAAGAUCUUGAUGACGAAGAGGGUGGAGGAGGCAAGUAAAUUUCAGGAACCUUAUCUUUAUGCACUCCGUUACGAAAGUGUACCUAUUUUUGGGGUGGGCGAAUUCUCUAGUCACGAAGAAAGUAUUAUGGAGGAUAUAACACAAAAAAUUUUGCAAUUUUAUUCAUUUUUAGGGGUUUCAAUAAUGAGGGAUCCAAAAAUGAAAUUCGUUUUGCGCGUCACUGUAAAUUUUGAGAGUAAUUCGAAUUUUUUAUUCACAUCAUAUUUAACAACCAGCGUUACAACAUUGUCCGUACCACCCAAGAAAUUUUGCGUACUCGGUUAAUUUAUGCUCUAAACGAAACUUUGUACUUUAAGCAAGCUUAAGAUACCAUUAUGGUGUCCGCUAUUCUGGUUCCUGGAAGAGGAGCUAACAUAAAAUUUAACUUUUGUGGGAAGCAAGGAUAUGUAGCCACUCCUUUCCUACUAUUAAACGAUACGUUAUGAGGUCUAUGUGGCGACACAAAAGUUUAUAAACUGUCGGUGUUAUUUGAAAAAUUACCAUUCUGAUCACAAAUAGUGUCGAACAAAACAGUACAGACACCAUCACUUUUAAUCGGACAUGGCUACCCGGCCGGGCCUUGUGCACCUCGGGGCCCGGCCCGUGUUCAAAAUUUCCGAAGCCCGGCCGGGUUGCCACGUCUGCUUUUAUCAGUCUGUCGGGAAAAUAACGGCGGAUCGUCGCGCCUCGGAAUCGCCCAUCAUCGCUCUGCGACUGCAAGCCGCGGCUUGGGAUUUGGUGCGCGAUAGCGGCGAGGCGAGACAUUUUGCUGCGACGAUCCGCCGUUAUUUUCCCGACAGACUGAUAAUUGUCGCGCAAAAAAAAUUUAAACAUUUUGCAUCGUGCAUUGAAGGUUCAGUGUUGUGAAAAUUGGAACUUUGUAUCUUCCUUGGGUACCAAAGAGACCUGACAAGGGAAGUCGCUUUUUUCGCAGAACACGAAGCGUCUGCGAUCAUAAAACUGAUUUCCAAAAGUGUUUACGGGGCUUCUCGGCCGAGAAAAUCGACCGCAAAGUCUGGCCGAAAUGAGCGAAUAGCUUCCUCAAAAGAAGCAGCUUAUUUCAUCUGCAGUGGUGGCCGAGAGGUCAGUGCGCUCGCUUUUUGCGCCAGAAGACGUGAGUUCGACUUCGGCCGCCUGCGGACGCAUUUCUUUUGGCCAUUGAAAUGAAUAGCGAAAUGCCGUUAAUGUCGCAAAUGCUAACUAUUAGCAAUUUUUAAUAAAACACGAAUUUAGAAACUAUAUCUUCAUUAACCCAAUCCUGUUUUGACUUUACAGUAUUCAUGAACAUUCAGCUUUGAAUUUAUGUUUAAAUUAUUGUAAAAAAGUGAAUACAUUUUAUGUUUACUUACUAAAUCAAUAUUUACGAACCAAAAAAGAAAAUAAACUGCGCAGAGUGUCGAACCCGCCCCUUCUGGCGCAAAAAGCGAGCGCACUGACCACUCGGCCACCACUGCAGAUGAAAUAAGCUGCUUUUUUUUGAGGGGGCUAUUCGCUCAUUUCGGCUAAACUUUGCGGUCGAUUUUCUCGGCCGAGAAGCCCCGUAAACACUUUUGGAAAUCAGUUUUAUGAUCGCAGACACUUCACGUUUGAAACCUACUAGGUCCCGUUCCAAAGUCCGUCUGCGAAAAAAGUGACUUCCCUUGUGAAAGGAGACCAUUUGCCUCAGGGCAACAACGCAUCGAUACUUCAUUUUUUUAUUGUCGCGGACUAAAUAUUUAUUAUAUUAAAGAUGUGAAUAAUAAAUGUAUAAUUUUAGAUGAUGACAAGGAUGAUAAUGGAGGCGAAGAUGAUAAGGAACCUGAUUGGGAUAUGGGAGAUGUCAUGGAAGAGGAAGAGAAACAGAUUGACCCUAGGCUCUGGGACCAGGAGAAGAAAAAUCCGGAUAAUAUGGAUGACGAAGAACAAGGAGCCCAAGAAGAGACUGGGGAAACUGUUGCACAAGCCGAGGAAGCUUCCGGGAAGGGAUUGGAGCAAGAUGAGACGGUAGAGGAGGAUAAUGAGAACAGAGAGGAGAACCACGACGAAACAGAGAUGGAAAACGUCGACGCUGUAGAUUUGGAUGACGACGAAGACCCUCAGAAUGAAGGCGACGAAGAAAAUAUGGAGCUAGAUUCCACUGGUAAUGAGGAAGAGGCCCAAAAAGACGAAAUGGACAUAACUGAAACAGAGGACAUCGAUGAAACAGAAGAAGCGGAAAGUAAAGGUAAAGAUGACCAAAAGGAAAAGGAUGACAAAACUAAUAAAGACGGCGAACAGGCUCAGUCAAUUGAAACUGAUGGAAAAGGAACCGGACAGGCUGAAAAAAAUGUCCAAGAAACAAAUGAAUCUCUAGAGAAUCAAGGCGAAGAGGAGGGAUUAAACGAAGAAGAAGGAGAAUCUGGAGUUGAAGGAUACGAAAAACAAAAGAAGUAAGAAAGUAAUCGCGAAAAUACAAAGUUAUAGGGAGAAUGCGGGACCUAAUGAUGCAAUAAAAGAUAGCCAAGAUGUGGAGAUAAGCAAAGUACAUGAAGACGAGGAGGCCGAGCAAGUACAUCAAAGCCAGGUAGUCCAGGGGGAGGAGAACGAUGCGAUUGAUGAGACCCAGAAAACAUUUGCCGAGAAAUCAGAUGUUGAUCUCAGUUCUGCAGCGCACUAUGUAGGCGGUGUUAAUAAUCCUCGGUAUAUGUAUUUUUAGGUACAAAAAUCGACUACCGUAGAAAAAUCAAAAGAAAUGGCAUCCGAAAAGAUUAACAACGAGAUCCGCGAAGAAAAUCAAAAUAUGGGAGAAAGAACGAAGGAAUUCAAUGCCCAGUUAGAGCAACGACAUAUAUUGGAUACCUUUUAUUUGAAUACUACGGUUGAUGUGGGAACUGUAGGUCCCAAGAAUACUUCUUUUAUUCGUUGUUAUAGGUAAUCCGCGCUCAAGAUGCCAUUGAUUCCCUAAAAGAAUUCAUGGCUUGCCUUGACGGGGGAGAUGAAAAACAUCAGCUGGAAAAGAAAUGGCAGUUUAUUAGCCAAAGUGUUACUACCGACGCUUUCGAACUGGCUGAGGCUCUCAGAAUUUUGAUCGAACCAACAAAAGCCUCCAAAUUUCAGUUAGUUUUAAAAAAUUUUUAUAAGACGUUUUUAGGGGGGAUUAUCGAUCAGGAAAACGUCUUAAUAUGCGCCGAUUGAUCCCCUAUAUUGCCAGUAAUUAUCAAAAGAACAAAAUUUGGAUGAGAAGAACAAAGCCCGCCAAGCGAACGGUUCAUGUCUGCUUGGCAAUCGACGAUUCUUACAGUAUGAGAGAGAAUAUGAUGACUGAGGUAGGUAUCGCAAGCCGAAUAUUGCAUUUUCAGAUCACCUGUCAAACGGUAUGCCUUUUGGAAAAGUCAUUCAAACAACUGGAAAUCGGACAAGUCAGUAUUUGCAAGUUCGGAAUGGAUGUGGAAAUGUUGUGUGGAAGUGCCGAACUAAGUGAUAUGGAUGUGGUGGGACCCUCCCUCCUCAAGAACCUUCAAUUCUCUCAAACCAAAACUGAUUUACAAGCUUUACUGGUUAAGAUGGGGGAGUUCUUUGGAUCCUCACGACAAGUCUCAGAGGCCUCUCAUCAGUUGUUAAUCAUCAUCGGCGAUGGGCGAGGAGCUAUGGUGAAUGGAGCUGAACCCAUAAAGAAUCAAGUCCAACAUCUUGUGAACAAUGGAGUCACCACUUUGUACUUGAUUGUGGACAAUCCCACUUCUUCGGUGUUCUCGAUGAAGGUGGCCAACAGAGUUUCCGAGAAGAUGCAGCUCUCCAAUUACAUGGAUUUGUUUCCCUUUUCUUUCUACAGUGUUGUUCAGAAUGCGGCAGUGAUCCCUUUGGCCGUAUCCGAAGCUCUUAAGCAGUGGAUGGAUGCCCUGAUGUUGUAG